GUCACUCUGACGUAAAGGAGGCGGAGCCGUUCACUCGCAAAAAUGGCGGCGCUCUUCAGAACGCUGAAGGCUGCAAGUGGGGGCUCUCUGCGGUGUUUAGUUAGUGCACACAGAAAUCAAAUCAGUAAAGUGGAAAGGUCCUUUAGAGUUGCCGCAGUGUUAAGACUUUCUGAUGAAUCAAAGCAAGAAGAAACUCCACCUCACUACUCUUCUUCAUAUCAUAAGCAUUACCAAGCCUCUGCUCCUGAACCAGAAACAGAAUUUAAAAAUACAAGCUAUGCACAUCAAAGUGGUGAACAGGAGGAAGACUAUGAAACUGAAGAACAGCUACAACAUAAGAUUCUUACAGCUGCCUUAGAGUUUGUCCCAAAAUAUGGAUGGUCUGUGGAUGCCAUUGCAGAAGGUGCUAAGACACUCAAUCUCUCAGGUGCUGCAGCUGGAAUGUUUAACAAUGGUGCUGGAGAUCUAAUUUUGCAUUUUGUAAUGCAAUGUAACAGCGAUUUAUCUGACAUUCUUUCUGAGAAACACAAACAAAUUCAGCUGGGACAGAUAGAACCCCUAAAGACAGAUAAGUUCCUCAGAGAAGCAGUAGAAACACGACUCAGGAUGCUGAUUCCUUACAUUGACAGUUGGCCUCAGGCAAUGAGUAUUCUCCUGCUGCCUCACAAUGUACCUGAGAGCUUGAAGCAUCUGUCUACUUUAAUAGAUGACAUCUGGUAUUAUGCAGGAGACAGAUCUACAGAUUUAAACUGGUAUACACGCAGAGCUGCACUGACAGGAAUUUAUAACACCACUGAACUGGUUAUGGUGCAAGAUUCAUCUCCAGAUUUUGAGGAGACCUGGAAAUUCCUUGAAAACAGAGUAAAUGAUGUCAUGAAUAUGGCUCAUACGGCUAAAAAGGUUCAGUCCACAGGAGAAGCAGUAGUCCAAGGAUUAAUGGGAGCUGCAGUCACUUUAAGGAAUCUUGCAGGAAUGAAUCAGAGAAGAUGAUGUUCUUUAAGAAGGAAUGAUACAGCAUUUACACCUGCUUCACCCUCUUCAACGAAAGUUCUCAAAAGAAAACGUCUCAGACUGAGCUGCAAAUCUUAAAUUAGACGUGCCACGUCUUGCAUUAAGGAAUAUCUGUGAACGCUGUACUGUAUUUCUUGUUAUGUAUGGCCAAUUCUGAAGCACAAACGUAGAAAGUGUAUUUGCUUCCUAGUUUGAGAACAAAUAGUGUCACUUUUCUUUAUUUUUGAAGCUUUAUCUAGGUUCUAGCAAAGAUUUUUUUUUUUUUAUUUAAACAAUUAAACCACAUAGCCAAAGCAUGAGUGUUAUAUUUGCUAUAUAGGGAAAUUAAUAUUUUUCCAAAUACAUGUACAGUAUUUGUCAUAUACUUUGAGAAAUAAUGUGCGUUUCUGCCUAAAGGUUAUUAUUGCUGUUCAAAGUCACAAACCCACAUUGGAAAUGUACUUUUAUGUUCCACGUCUCUGGGCAAUCUCACAAUUAAUGUUAAUUUUCCUUGCUUUUGUCUUUUCAAAAGUGUGUUCAUAAAACAUGAUUUCAAACAUUUCUAUUUAAUUGUGCAUCUUGCUUUUUAAAUUAACCACUCAGAUUCACAAAUUGUGUAUUUAUAAUUUGUGAGUAUAUAUAUAUAUAUAUAUAUAAAUACAUAAUAUGCAAAUUAUAUAUUCCAGCAAUUCUAUGCAAGUUUCAGCACCUCUUUAUAAACCAGGGAGGUAGUGUUAAUGGUAAAAUACUUAUUGGCUUGAUAUCUUCUGUAAAAGCGAACUCCCACAAAAAUGUUAAUGUUGUAAAUGUAUUUAUUAACUCACUGUUGAUUUCAAUAAAAUUAUUUCACAUUC